CGCGGCGUGGCGUCGGUCGUGCUGUGAAUCGUUUUCGCGCCUUUUUACGAACUUUUUACGGAACUAUUGAACUUUAGUGUGUGUGCAUUUUGACUUUUGUGAAUUGUGAUGGAUUAUUUUAAGUGAAUUUAGAUAAUAUCAUUAACUAGAUGAUAAGAGUGUUCAAAUGUCUCAAAUUUUGGACCACGAUGCGCCGAAGUAAAACAAAAUGGCGCUAAUCGAAUCUGAGUUACGAGAAAAGCGCGCGCGGGAUGAUUCAAAACUCAAAAAUAGAACAUCCAUCGCAAAACGGAAAUGGGGGACGGAUGUUUGGUUCCUGUUAGUGAUCUUUGUUACCGGUUGCCAUGGUUACGAGGAACAGAGGUUCGCGAUGGAGCCACAAGAUCAGAGCGCGAUCGUUGGCUCCCGAGUCACGCUACCAUGUCGAGUUGAACAUAAGGCUGGGACCCUGCAAUGGACCAAAGAUGACUUUGGGCUCGGAACCCAUAGGAAUUUGAGCGGCUAUGAACGAUACUCCAUGAUUGGGAGUGAUGAGGAAGGUGACUAUUCUUUGGAUAUUCGCGACCUGACAUUAGAAGACGAUGGCAAUUAUCAGUGCCAAGUUAGUUCGGGACUAAAUGGUGUUCCAGCAAUUAGGUCAAGAUACGCUCACCUCACAGUAUUAGUGGCACCAGAUCCUCCAAGGAUACUUCAAGGAGCUUUCAUAGAUGCGACAGAGGAUCAGCCAGUUGACAUCGAAUGUGUAUCUGAAGGUGGAAAACCGGCUGCUGAGAUAACAUGGGUCGAUGGUAACCAGAAUGUGAUCAGGAACGGUGUCGAGAAUAAGGUCGAACAGCUGCCAGACGAACAAAGAUAUAGGACGAGGUCACUAUUGCGGUUGAUACCGAGUAUAGCCCACCACAAUCAAACAUUGACUUGCCAAGCUCAGAAUACAGCAGACCGAGCGUACCGAAUGGCCACCGUACACAUUGAAGUGAAGUACGCACCAAAAAUAAACGUAAGCGUGAAGUAUGGUGCUGUAAAUGGCAAAUUUCCAGAAGGUUCCGAGGCCAGAUUUCGUUGUCUAGCUGAUGCGAAUCCAGCUGCCCAGGUGUAUCGCUGGUACAUAAACAACAACCCUGUUAUUGGGGACUAUGCUGAUGAAAUGAUAAUUUUCAACGUGUCCCGAAAGCAUAAUAAGGCGGUUGUAAAAUGUGAAGUUAGCAAUUCCGUCGGGAAAAAUGAGGCUUCGCUGAGUUUAAAUGUCACUUAUCCUCCAUCAUUUAGGACACGGCCGCGGAACAUAGAAGCUGAAAUCGGUUCGAGUGUAACCCUGAGCUGUGAUGUGGAUGGGCAGCCUCAACCAGAAAUCCGUUGGCUAUUUCAUGAACCAGCGCGCAUCGGGCAGGUUAAAGGGAAAGCUCCCAACUUGAAGGUGUUUGUGGAGGAGGCAACAGCUGGACGCUACAUCUGUAAAGCCAGUGUAGAAGGUUUUCCUGAGAUUGAGAGCGAAGCUACUAUAUUUAUCAAAGGUCAACCAAAGAUAUUAUCGAACAGGACUCAAGUAGGGUCUGAGGGCGAGACGGUGUCUAUAGAAUGUGAAGCCCUCUCAGUUCCCAAACCAGACGACAUAAGAUGGUACUUUGAAGGGAAAGAAAUUAAUUUCAUACAAGAUCCCGACUACGCAACGAAACUAGACGAAUCAUCGGACGGAGUUGUAAAGUCGAGUUUAGUGAUACGACAAAGCCAGUCCAAACACUACGGAAUGUACAAUUGCAGUGUGACUAACGAAUACGGCAAUGCUAAUGCCGCUAUAACACUAAAACAACUCAAAACUUUGCCCUUAUUUAUAAUAAUAACGGGAGUGACAUCAGGUAUCAUAUUCUUCUCUGCCUUCAUUGUGCUCGUAGUACUUUGCCACAGACGAAGAAGACAGAAGACACAGAUUAACGAAAAACCAGAUGUGACAGUGACAGGUGAUCCAUAUAACAAAGAAAGUGAUAGAAGCUCGAAUAUCAGUGACUUGAAAUUACAAUUGCCUCAGGGAGACAGUUAUGAUUUGGAGUACACCAGUUCAGAUCGAUCGGAUUCAAAGAAUCCCAACGGUUUGCCGCUGGCUGGACCAGUCGCUCUCCCAACGAUAAGACACGAUGAUCCGAUGUUGCAAUUCCGUUACAGCAACGAUUACUCUGAUCAAAGUUACGGAGAUCAUUAUUUUAAAAACCCAGGUGCUUACGUAUACGACUACCCGCAAGGAUAUGUGCCGCCUCCACAUUUGAGAGUGCAUUCGCCACCACAACUUGAUGUGCCGUCGACGAGGUCUCUACAAGGCUCGCUGACGCGCAGCAUCGACACGGCAUCAACGUUGCCGAUGUCAAACGGCAACGGAUCCCAGAAUAAUUCAUUGCAACGUCCUAAACCGGAAGUAACGGACGCUAUCAAUAAUUUAGGACUGCCCAUCGGCGGGGAAGGUCCGCAAGUGCCAGUGCCCCCACAGACGGGUAAAACCGGGGUAGAUUUGCGGUACGCCGCCACUUACGGCAACCCGUAUCUUAGAAAUAGUUCAAUUGGUUACCACGUGCAUACAGCAAAGCCUGGAUCGACGCCUGCGCCGCCGCCUUAUUCAGCAAUAAGAAAUUCCCAGCACAUGCCGUCAGGAGAUGUACACCAAGCGACGCAUGUAUAGCAGGAAAGCCGCUUAGUGUAGAAAAUACACUAGUGAAAAGUGAUAGUGACUUUGACAGUUCUUUAUUUGUAAAAAAUAACAUAGGCUAGUAUUAGUCUUGAACUUUUUACUGGAGAAGACGAUGUCAGCUACCAUAAAGGUUAUAUUCAGAAUGAUUUAAGGUUUACGACACAAGGUACCAGUCUGUAUUUUCAAUAUGUUGUUGUUGAAUUAAAGGCCGGCAACGCACUUGCAAGCCCUAUGGUUAUGUGAGUGUCUAUGGGCGGUGCUAUCAUUUAACAACAGGUGAGCAUCCUGCCCCUUUAGUAUAUAAAACAAUCCGAAAAUUUGUUAAAACAUCUCUAAAAAAUAAUCUCGUUUUGAAUUUUUAAAAUUUGAUUGAUUUUUGACAGCGUUAUACGACUAGCGCCAGAAAUUGGAUACUACACGAAAUUUAGAUUCAAUUAGGCGACUUUGAAAUAUAGCUUUUUGUAAUAUAUUAUGUUCCUAAAUGCGACUGAAUGUAAAUAUUAGUGUAAGUGUAUAAAAUGUAUAAAACCGGUUCGUGCAUGCUUUAAUUACAGUAGAUAAAUAGUGACGCGUAAGAGACGAAUCUAAAAUGACGGCACUAGCUACGAUAAGAUUCGUUUUUAACGAACGCAACUUAUAAUAUUGUUUUACAGUUUUUUAUUAUACCAAUUGUAUAAGCCAUUUGCUAGUUAAUGAAUAUAAUAAAAUGUAUCAAUUAGACCAUUUUAAAUAUGAGAUUACAAGAAGCAGAAUUAUUUAUCAGCUAAUAUGCAAUAGUAAAGAAUUUUUUUCACGCAUUUAUUGCUCAAAUAUGUCUUCAAUGAAAAUAUUUGUCUAAUUUUCUUACUCAAUCAACGAACGAACGAAAAAUCAAAUACUGUGAUAAAAUUAGAUAAAAGUAUUUCAAAUUAUGGUCAGUUUAAUUGUUUAUUAUGUAUGUUGAAAGUGAUUAAAAUGCAUGUUAGAUAUUGCAUGCAGUUUUGACAUUUCUUUGUUUUUCAAUAAAUACGAUGACACUA